GCAGCUGGGAUCCCGAAAUCAUUCGAGUCUGCUGGACGAAGUCAGUCUGGUUCGGUGGUUCGUAGUGAAAGACAGGAUUCAGCUUACCAGUUGACGUGGAAAUUGAAUCACGCCACAUCGGUGCCAAGAUGGUCAGACACACAGUGGAAUGGCUGUGUCGCUUUUUUGUCGUUGGGAUGGUCGCUAGCAUUGCGACAAGCCAGGAUUUCGGUCGCUGCCAGCGACACUUCGACUUCGACAGCGCGAAGGACGCAUCGGUGCUUACAGGUAACUGGGUCACCUUGGGAAGCACGAGACGCGUUUUCUCCUGCAACACCUUCAAUGGAUUCCCGAAGGAGAGAGGAGGCGUACGUCUGGAAGAGACCUGGAUGGUUCCAGGAUUCGUGGGGCUCUGGAAACACGAGGUCACGAGCGAGGUCACCUCUGGGCCCUCUGGACUCAACGUGACACUGGCUGGAUUUGACGGUCUGUUAAUGCCUGGGCAAUUGGCCAUAGGAGAAUAUGGCAACGACCUGCUUCUAGUCCAGUGCGGUAGGAUGCUCUGGUUCCCUACCGUGUCUUAUACGAUAUUGACCAGGGAGAUGCCCACAGACCCUGAAGCCCGAGUGAAAGAAAUCUUCCAGACAUUCAACGUCCCUUCGAACAUACCCUCUUUCUUCAUGGUCAACCAUGAAGGCUGCGACAAAGUGCCCACGACAGAGGUGGAGACAAACGGCCUCUCCUCCAGGCGGUCCGUCGAAGUGGGCAGAGGGGGGAGGGAGCGUACCCCCCGCAUUCCGGAGUGGAGGAUUCUUGAGGCCCGCGAUAGGGGGCUCCUCGGAUGAAUGAGGAGUAUUGUCCCUUUAUCUUAAAUUGGGUCAUUUUUUUUUUAUUUUUUUUUUACAUUUGAGAAUUUUUUUUUAUUAUGUUUAGGUUUACUAAAUGUGGUUCUAUGUUUUGUCAUCAUAGAAUGGUAAUGAUUUUGUCAUUAUAGUAUGGUGAUGUUGAUCUUCAAUUUGAUAGUGUUUUUAUAUUUUAUAUUUUUUUAGAUUUUUUCAUAUCUAGCCUCACAAAAAAUGAUUUUAUUUUUUGUCAUCAUAGUAUAGUGAC